AUGAAUGAAGUUUUGACCCAGACAGUACUUUUCCCGGAUGAAAUACAAAAGAAGUCACAUAUCAUUGUAAAAGGAGAUCCUUCUAUGUGGAAGGAAAUCAUGAUUGUUUUUGGGUUCGAAGGAAGAACAAUUGUACUUCAACCAGAGCAAUGGAUUUUUUGUGAGAACCUUUAUACAGUUGUUGAACCAAGACCUCAUGGAGGGUAUUACGGACCAGCAAUAGAUAAUCUUCAUAUUGUACUUAGAAAAACUUUUAACGUAUCUCAUAUUGUUCCGACAAAAAUUGGGGUUUUUGAAUAG